UUAAAAAAGGGGGAUAGUACCUAUUUUUUUUAUUAUAAUAUUAAAAUAAAAAAACUAAAUAAUAAAUUAGAUUAUAAAAAGCUUAGAUUUUUUAAAAUUAUUAAAAAAGUUUUAUUAAUUAAUUAUGAAUUAAAAUUAUUAAAUAUAAUAUAA